UUCCAGCCACCGGACCGGACUCUUCUGCAACUUACACUCUACGUAUAUAUAGGAAGUGGGGAGAACUUUCCUUCAAACAGAAUUAAUUAUCUGGACACUAAUAUGUGGUGCAGUGUUGUUACAAUUGUAUGCGAUCUAAAAUAAUAGGCCUCAAAGUAGUAGAUAUUCUGCCAUGAUUUGGAUUUGCAUUUUACUUUUGUAUCUUCAACACUUUGUUGAAGGUAAUAUUGCAUGCCCGUCAUUUACCAAACUCCAAUUUCCACCAAAUGUGAUAGGGCCUGAGGCACUUGCUUUUGAUGCAAGAGGUGGAGGACCUUAUGCCGGAGUUGUGGACGGUAGAAUACUGAGAUAUCAAGGUCCUGGUGUUGGUUUUCUUGAUUAUGCCACCACAUCACCCUUCAGGACCAAGCAACUAUGUGAUGGUGCCAAUAGCUCAGCUGCAUCAACAUGUGGAAGGCCACUGGGCCUCGGUUUUAACUUCAAAACCGGUGAAUUAUAUGUUCUUGACUUCAAAUUCGGCUUCCUAGUGGUUCCACCUGGUGGAGGGCUUGCAACUCAGCUAGCAACUGGAUUCAAUGGCACCACUUUUGUAUUUCCAAAUGCAUUAGACAUCGACCAAGCUAAUCAAAUCGUUUACUUCACAGAUGCUGGCGCAAUAUUUUUGUCCAGGAAUCUUUCCACGAUCAUCCAGAGCAAUGACACUUCAGGAAAGUUAUACAAAUAUGAUGUAAGGACUAAAACGUUGUCAUUGUUGCUAAAUGGACUGUCUGGACCACUUGGAGUUGCUGUAAGCAAGUGUGGUGCAUACGUUCUGAUUGACGAAUAUAUUGCAUCGAGAGUUCGAAGAUACUGGGUGAGAGGUCCAAAGGCUGGCUCCUCAGAAAUAUCGGUCAAUCUUCCAGGGAGCCCAGAUAACAUUAAAAGAACCAUUUCAGGGGAUUUUUUUGCAGCUGUGACCAUUUUAAAUCGGCACACUUUUCAGACAACUUCGUCUGUUGGGCAAAGGAUCAAUGGCGACUUGGGCAUUGUUGAGGCAACAAUGAACUUGACCGCACAGUAUACAAAUAACUUGAUUAGCGAAGUACAAGAAUUCUUGGGGAAGUUAUACAUAGGAUCCUCGACCGCUAGUUUUGUAGGUGUAUAUGGUCCUUGAAGGAUUAAUUGGUCACAAUUAUAUAACGAAAUUUAUAUCUUAUCUUACUAUAAUAAAAGCAUUGUUACGUAUA